AUGAUAACCGCCUUGCCGACGAUGUUGGUCGCGUGCUUGGUUCGUCGCUCCCCGCAUCGAACUGGCCCUGUCAUGCCCUCCCUGCAUCAGUCUUCUUCUUCUGGACGCUACGUUCCAUAUGGCAGACGCAAAAAGAGGGAACCAAAAUCGUAUGACAUGAAAUUAGUCCUCGUUGACUUUAUUCGUGAAGUCAACGAUACUGGAAAAACCGAAAGCUAUGACGGUAGUGUUCUCUUAGAGGCCCCGUUUCGUGUAAGAGAAAAUGAAUCGGACUCUUCCAUUCGAACAAGGAUUCUCGCCAUUGUUAAAUCUAGAUUUCCUUCGUUUAACGAAACUGUUCUGUACGCCUCCAGACAGGGCAGAGUAGUUUUAAAUUUAAGUCCUUGUCAAACAUUAGACGGUAAAGCAGUGUACACCCUUAAAUCGAAGUCAACCAACAAUUUGUACGUUAUGUUGUCCGCUCCAGCAACUGACAGGCCU